AUGGCAAUCGCCUACUUCAUACCCGAUCAAGUCAAACUGCUGGCGGCGAGCAGCGCCAACAGCGGCAGUCAUACUCAUCCGAAUAACAGCGGCGGCGGCGGCGGAGGCGUCCAUGUAAACACGAAUAGCUCAACACCGCCACAAACCCCACCGCCGACACACCACACCGCCGGCAAUCCUAGCAAUAACAAUUUUCGCGCCAACAUCACCAUACCGUUGAGUGCCUACAGCAGCAACAACAACAACAACAGCAGUGCAGCACAAGCGGACGCCGGUUGUUGGGAUUUAUUAACACAAAUAUUUUGUCAUGCGCUACGCUUUUGUCAUCAAUCCGAACGCUCGCCGACGACAACAGUUAUACAAAUAUCCUUGGAGAUUAGCCAAAGUGAGGCAAGUGCUGGUGGCGACACUUUCGUGCAAGUAGGCGCAGCAGCGGUGCCGGUGACGCCGCAACAGUGUCAUUGUCAACAUCAGCAACAGCAGCCAACAGCAAUUGUACAACCUUCAAAUGCUACAACACAAAGAGCGCAACAUAUGUCUGCAGCGAAUGUUCCACAGUCGUCGACUGUUAGCAGCGAGACAGCGGCGGCGGCGGUGAUUGUAGGCAGUGGCACACUUGAGCCAGCCACGCACAAGCCGAAGCCGAAGGCGAAAAAGAAGUAA